AUUCAUCAAUAACUGAGUUCAAAAGCAGUUUUGAGCACUUACUUGUCUUUGGGAGGCAUGGCAGCCAUGGCACUAACAUCUACAUUCACAGGAAAGGCCGUUCCUUUGAGUGCACCGACCGAGCUGUCAUCCUCGGUUGGCAGCAACGGUAGAGUCUCGAUGAGGAGAUCUGGGAGGCCAGCAGCUUCCUCAGGCAGCCCGUGGUAUGGUCCCGACCGUGUCAAGUACCUCGGACCAUUCUCUGGUGAGCCUCCAUCUUACCUCAAAGGGGAAUUCCCUGGUGACUAUGGUUGGGAUACCGCAGGUCUAUCGGCUGAUCCCGAAACCUUUGCUAAGAACCGGGAGCUCGAAGUGAUUCAUAGUAGAUGGGCUAUGCUUGGAGCUCUAGGAUGUGUAUUCCCAGAGCUUCUUUCCAGAAAUGGAGUCAAGUUUGGUGAAGCAGUUUGGUUCAAGGCUGGUUCACAGAUCUUCAGUGAGGGUGGCCUUGACUAUCUUGGAAACCCAGGUCUUGUUCAUGCACAAAGCAUUUUGGCCAUCUGGGCAUGUCAAGUAGUGUUAAUGGGUGCAGUUGAGGGUUACCGUAUUGCCGGAGGACCACUCGGGGAAGUUACUGAUCCCAUUUAUCCCGGGGGUAGCUUUGAUCCCCUCGGGCUGGCCGACGAUCCAGAGGCAUUUGCAGAGCUUAAGGUGAAAGAACUCAAGAACGGCCGACUUGCAAUGUUUUCCAUGUUUGGGUUUUUCGUGCAGGCCAUUGUAACAGGAAAAGGUCCUUUGGAGAACCUCGCAGAUCAUCUUGCUGACCCUGUCAACAACAAUGCAUGGGCUUAUGCUACCAACUUUGUACCUGGGAAGUGAAAUUACCAAGUCAUGUUUAAACAAGCUUUCAAUUUCACUACAUUGGAAGCAUAGCUUGUAAACUGUACUGUACUAUCAAAAUAUUGAAGACCAACAAUCACUAUUAUAAUCA